AUUUGGGAUAAUGCUGGAUACUUUAGCUACACUGUGCUAACAGGGCAGGUGUCAUAAUCAAGUAAAUUUAAAUUUAAUUAAAUAUUGUAACAACAGUUCAAUUGAGUGCGAGUCUUGUAACCGAGAACAGCAGCAGGUGAGCCAACUGUCAAUCACAGAUGUCAAUCAAUGCCUACACAUCAGACAUCAAAACUAUAAGUCUUCAAAUUAAAUGGAGCAAUAAAUUCUAAAAUGACCACCAGCAUUCUUAUCAGAGGGUCUGAGUUUAGAGAUUGAGACCAGAAUGGCUCUUUGAAAACAUGAUUGACUCAGUGUUUCUAGAGAGAAGUUGAGGCUUUUUGAAUGGGAGCGAGUUACAGUAGCUAGCGGCCGUCGGCUACAUUUUAAGAUACUUCAGCCUCAAGAUGUGGCAGCUGCUGAUUGAUUGAAUAUAGUUUUAACUAAAGGAUCAUAUUGACUAAUAAGUGUGUUUGUGUGUAGGUGUACUGUGACAUGGACUCAGUAGGAGGACGGUGGACGGUGUUCCAGAGGAGGAUGGACGGCUCGGUGAACUUCUACAGGCCCUGGGAUCACUACAAGAAGGGCUUUGGUAGCGCUGCUGGAGAGUACUGGCUCGGUCUUGAGAAUCUCUUCCAUCUGACUCGGGGAAAGAAGGUCGAGCUGCUGGUCGACAUGGAGGACUUCAAUGGAAAAAAAGCAUUUGCUCGUUACUCCUCGUUCUCCAUCGAAUCAGAGUUCUACGGAUACAGACUUCAUGUGUCUGAAUUCAAAAAUGGAGGAGCAGGAGACGCCCUGAUUCAUCACAAUGGACAGAAGUUCACCACCUUCGACAAAGACCAGGACUCCAGCAGCAACAACUGUGCCCAACUCUACCUGGGGGGGUUCUGGUACAACAACUGUUUCUAUGCAAACUCCAACGGGCUUUAUCGCUGGGGGGCUUAUAGCACCUUGAUUUAUACAGGAGUGGAUUGGUACCAGUGGAAGGGCUGGAACUACUCCCUGAAGGCCAUCAGCAUGAAGAUUCGUCCUGUGCACUAAUUCUCCAGAACGAACAGCAGAAUAUCUGUUGAUCUCUUUCUUUCUUUCUCUCUGAUCUAGUCUGUAACUUCACAUAUACUUCAAAUAAAU